ACGACGCGACCUCAAAGUGUGUAGUUCAAGAACCUAGAGACAAGUAGUAGAAGAAGCAGCAACGGGAGCAGCAGUCAAAGAUGUCGCAGCAGCAAACGCAGUUAAUGCUAGACAACAACAAGGACAAGCCGCAACAGCCGAAGGAACAGUGGGGCAAUGGUUUGGAGUUCCUCUUCUCUUGCAUCUCACUGUCCGUGGGCUUGGGCAAUAUCUGGCGCUUUCCCUACAUCGCCUUUCAAAAUGGCGGCGGCACCUUUGUGAUACCCUAUUUAAUAGCGCUGCUCGUAAUUGGACGACCCGUCUACUAUUUGGAGAUCUCUCUGGGCCAGUUUCGCGGCGGCGGCGUGUUGCGCGCCUUCGAUCUGGCGCCCUUGUUAAAGGGCGUGGCCGCCGGACAGGUGCUGGCCACAGGCGCCUCCAUCACCUACUAUUCGAGCAUUAUGGCAUUAACACUGCGCUUCCUGCUGGCCUCGUUUAGUGCUGUGCUGCCCUGGAGCAGCUGCCGCGAGAGCUGGGGCAGCGAUUGCUACGAUGGUAGCUCGGUAAAUGCCACUGGUAAAAUGUCUCCCGCGCAGCUGUACUUUGAGCGUGAGAUUCUCCAUGAGCUGCCCAAUAUUGACCAAGGUCUGGGUCUGCCCAAUUGGCAGCUGGUGGCCUGUUUGGCUGUGGCUUGGAUCAUCAUAGGCGGCGUGCUGAUACGCGGCAUUAAGAGCAGUGGCAAGGCCGCCUACUUCUUGGGCGUGUUUCCGUAUGUGGUGCUGCUGUUGCUGCUGCUGCGCGCUGUGACGCUGCCCGGCGCUUGGGAUGGCAUUGUGUACUUCUUCAAGCCACAAUGGCGGGAGCUGCUUAAUCCGCUCGUUUGGUAUGCAGCUGUUACCCAGGUGUUUUUCUCGCUGGCCAUUUGCUUCGGCACCGUGAUAACCUAUGCCUCCUACAACAAUUUCAACAAAAACGUGUACAACGACAUUGUUAUCAUCACCACAAUGGACUCGUGCUCCUCGAUAAUUGCCGGCUGCAUUACCUUUGGCAUUUUGGGCAAUUUGGCCAAACAGACGGGCAUUGCGGAUAUUGGCAGCGUGGUGAAGGGCGGCACCGGCUUGGCAUUCAUCUCCUAUCCAGAGGCCAUUGCCAAGUUUGAAUAUGUGCCACAGAUGUUUGCGGUCCUUUUCUUUCUCAUGCUCUUUGUCCUAGGCAUUGGCAGCACCGUCGGCAUGGGCUCCUGCAUAUUGCGCGUCAUUCGCGACCAAUUUGGCAAGCGGGCGGGUCCCAACUGGGCCCUCGCUGGCGCACUGGCUGCGCUGGGCUUCGGUGUGAGCAUCGUGUAUGUGACACCCGGUGGGCAGUUUAUAGUCAAUCUGAUCGAUUUCUAUGGCGUUUCCUUCACUGCGCUAAUACUCGCCAUCGGCGAGCUGCUGGCCGUGGCCUGGUUUUAUGGCGUACGUCGCUUCUGCGCUGAUAUCAAAUUCAUGACGGGCAUUGAGACGGGCUGGUAUUGGCGUCUAUGCUGGGCCUACAUUACGCCUGGCCUGAUGGCCGCUGUCCUGCUCUACACGCUGCUCAAUAUGAACGAAUUGACGUACAAGGGCGUUGCAUAUCCUCAUAUAGCGCAUGUUUUUGGCUACUUCUUAGCUGGAUUAGGUCUGCUGCAAUUGCCCGGCUGGGCCUUGUAUGCAUUCUACAAGCAGCGCAAAACGGAAGGCAGCUUCUGGGAGCGUCUUUGCGCUGCCAGCAGACCAGCUGAAUCUUGGGCACCCGCCAUCGCCCAGAUGCCACAGGACUAGAUGCGUGUGAGUUCAGCAAAUGGAAAAUUGCUAUUGGCUGACGCAGCGUAUACGUAAUGUGUUUAGAGCUUGUGUCAAGUGCAUGCGCAAGUGUUUAGACUUGAUUGUAUAUAGAGUACGAAAAAUAAAAGCU